AUGGCGCCCAAGCUGUGCGUCAUCUGCAGCGCCGAACGAGCCGUCCUACGCCGGCCGAAAACCGCGCAGCAGAUCUGCAAAGAAUGCUUUUUCUACGUCUUUGAGACUGAGGUGCACCACACCAUCAUCUCUAACAAUCUCUUCAAGCGCGGAGACCGCGUCGCCAUCGGUGCUUCGGGCGGUAAGGACUCGACGGUGCUCGCACACUGCAUGAAGGUGCUCAACGAGCGCUACGAUUACGGGCUGGACUUGUUCCUGCUCAGUAUCGACGAGGGGAUCACGGGCUAUCGAGACGACUCGCUCGAGACGGUGAAGCGCAAUCAGCAGCAGUACCAGCUGCCGCUCAAGGUGCUUGGGUAUGGAGAAUUGUAUGGGUGGACGAUGGAUGAUAUUGUCAAGAGCGUGGGGCGGAAGAACAACUGUACGUUUUGUGGAGUGUUCCGUAGACAGGCGCUGGAUCGGGGUGCGGCGGCGUUGGGGGUGGACCAUAUUGUCACGGGUCACAAUGCGGACGAUGUGGCCGAAACUGUACUCAUGAAUGUCCUCCGCGGCGACAUUGCGCGACUCGAACGCUGCACCGAGAUCGUGACCAAGGGCCCGGACGCGGACGACACCGAACAGCACGGUUGCGGCUCGAGCGGCUCCAACGCCGUGGGUGUGGGCGGCAGCGGCAUCCGACGCAGCAAGCCGUUCAUGUACGCCUAUGAGAAGGAGAUUGUCAUGUACGCCUACUUCAAGAAGCUCGACUAUUUCAGCACCGAGUGCAUCUACUCGCCCAACGCCUACCGCGGUUACGCGCGCACCUUCCUCAAAGACCUCGAAGCCAUCCGGCCCUCGUCGAUUGUCGAUAUCAUCCAGUCUGGCCAGAACCUCAAGAUUUCGCACGCUGUCAAGCAGGCCAAGAAGACUGAGCUGCAGAACUGUUUGCGGUGCGGGUACAUUUCGUCGAAUACCGUGUGCAAGGCGUGUAUUCUGCUGGAAGGGUUGGAGAGGGGCACGCCGCAGUUGGGGAUUGGCAGUGAGAAGUCGCGCAAGAUCAAGGAGAUUCGGAUGGAGAAUGCCAAGGGUGAGGGAGAGGGGGAAGCGAAGGGGGAGGAUGAGAAGGAGAAGGCGGAGAGGCGGAUACCUCAGUGGAAGGGAGUAGCGAGGGACGCACCGCCGAUCAGCUCGUUGCCAUUUGUUCCUCCGCAGCAGAAGAAGGUCGAUCUUUCAUUUUGA